GGCUGCGUCGGGAGCCGCAGCGGAGUCCGCCUGCGCCUCAGCCGCGCGCUCCCCGCGAGCAUGGGCGCCCACCCGCGUCGAGCCGGGGUCGCGGGGCCCCCGCUGCUGCUGCUGCUGCCCCUGCUGGUGCUGCCGCCAGUGGCCGUGGCCUCCGAGGCCGAGCACCGUCUGUUUGAGCGGCUGUUCGAGGAUUACAACGAGAUCAUCCGGCCAGUGGCCAAUGUGUCCGACCCAGUCAUCAUCCAGUUCGAGGUGUCCAUGUCCCAGCUGGUGAAGGUGGACGAAGUCAACCAGAUCAUGGAGACCAACCUGUGGCUCAAACAAAUCUGGAAUGACUACAAGCUGAAGUGGAACCCCUCCGACUACGAUGGCGCGGAGUUCAUGCGCGUCCCCGCGCAGAAAAUCUGGAAGCCAGACAUCGUGCUCUACAACAAUGCUGUCGGGGACUUCCAGGUGGACGACAAGACCAAAGCUCUCGUCAAGUACACAGGGGAGGUGACUUGGAUCCCGCCCGCCAUCUUCAAGAGCUCGUGCAGGAUCGACGUGACCUACUUCCCAUUUGACUACCAGAACUGCACCAUGAAGUUCGGUUCCUGGUCCUACGACAAGGCCAAGAUCGACCUGGUCCUCAUCGGCUCCUCCAUGAACCUCAAGGACUACUGGGAGAGCGGCGAGUGGGCCAUCGUGCAAGCCCCCGGCUACAAGCACGACAUCAAGUACAACUGCUGUGAGGAGAUCUACCCCGACGUCACGUACUCGCUCUACAUCCGCCGCCUGCCGCUCUUCUACACCAUCAACCUCAUCGUGCCCUGCCUGCUCAUCUCCUGCCUCACUGUGCUGGUCUUCUACCUGCCAUCCGACUGUGGCGAGAAGGUCACGCUCUGCAUCUCCGUGCUGCUCUCCCUGACCGUGUUCCUCCUGGUCAUCACCGAGACCAUACCAUCCACCUCGCUGGUCAUCCCGCUCAUCGGCGAGUACCUGCUGUUCACGAUGAUCUUCGUCACGCUGUCCAUCGUCAUCACUGUCUUCGUGCUCAACGUGCACUACCGAACACCCACCACGCACACCAUGCCCGCCUGGGUGAAGACCAUCUUCCUGCACCUGCUCCCCAAGGUCAUGUUCAUGACCAGGCCGGCGGGCGGCGAGGGCCCUGGCCAGAAUCCAAGGCCAGUCUGCAACGCUGAGCUCUCCAAUCUCAACUGCUUCAGCCGCGUGGAGCCCAGAGGUGGCAAGGAAGGCUGUCCCUGCCAGGACGGGACGUGCGGCCAGUGCCACCACCGCAGGAUAAAAAUCUCGAAUUUCAGCGCCAACCUUCCGAGAAGCUCCAGUUCGGAGUCCCUGCACGCCGUGCUGGCCCUUUCGACGCUGUCACCGGAAGUCAGAGAAGCCGUCCAGAGCGUCAGGUACAUUGCGGAAAACAUGAAAGCACAAAAUGACGCCAAAGAGAUUCAGGAUGACUGGAAGUACGUGGCCAUGGUCAUUGAUCGCAUCUUCCUGUGGGUUUUCAUCUUGGUGUGCAUCCUGGGGACGGCGGGGCUGUUCCUGCAGCCUCUGCUGGCGAGGGACGAGGCAUGAGGCCAGCUGACCAGCCUGGGCAUGGGGUGCAUUUGUUCCUUCUGGUGGGAAACGUCGCUCCCCUAGGAUGCGGCCUGUGCCCAUCAUUGGGAGGCACCCACUUCAGUGCAGGACCUCCAGCCGUCACCCCCACCUCCAGACCCUCCUCAUCCCAGAAACCACGAGCCCCCCGCCCCCUUCCCCAGCACCCCCAUGCCACUGUUUGUAGGAUUUUGACUGAGGACCCCAUAUAAGUGAAUUAUGCAAUACUCGUCUUUUUGUGACUGCCUCCUUUCCCCGAGCGUAAUGCCCUCCAGGCCCGUCCGCAUGGUGGUGGGUGUCUGAAUGUCCUUCCUGGUCGCCACUGAGCAACACUCUGGUGCAUGAGUGGAUGUUCUGCAUAUCCGUUCAUCCGUCGGUGGACGCCAGGGGCUCCCGCAUUUUGGCCAUUACAGACAACGCUGCUGUGAAUGUGGGUACCCAGGGAUCUGUUGGGAGACCCUGCUUCCAGUUCUUUGGGGUAGAGGCCCCGAGGUGGAACUAUUUUUUUAAUUUUUUGAGGAAGCACUGGACGGCUCUCCACAGUGGCCGCACUGUCUCCCACACCCCUGGGGCUCUGGCUGGCCUCAUUGCCAUCAGGGCUCGCUCCCUGUGCUUUCAACAGCCCCCGUCCUCCUGCAUGGGAGCCGGGGUCUCGCUGCCAUUUUGAUUCACAUUUACGUAAUGAUGAGGCUGAGCAUCUCCUCCCGAGCCUCUCAGCCCUCUGUGCGGCACCUUUGGGAACGUGUCUGCUCAGGUCCUCUUCCACUUGGGGCAGGGUUGUUUGGGUGUUUCAGUCCUUAAGUUCGAGUUCUCUGUGUAUCGUGGUUAUUAAGCUCCUAUAUGGCAUGUGAUGUGCGAUAUUUUCUCCCCGUCCGCGGGUUGACUUUUCACUCUGUCGAUAACAUCUUGUAAUGCACAGAUUUAAAUUUUCAUGAAUUCCA